AUGCGCUCCCAAGGCGUGAGAAAAACGCGCUCUAGACGCCCAACGCGAGGGCGGCAGAACACGAGACUCGAACAGGCCGUUGCUAGUAAUCGGAUUGGAAAUCAGGAACCGGGGCAGCCGGCCACUCCGCCUCCGUCCGCCUUACAACCACGCAAAUCAUGGGCAGAUACCCUUGCUGCUCUUGAGAUAGAGUCGCUUGCCUACCAAACACAGAGGUACAGAGAAUGGAGACGAACUGGAUCACAUCAUGAAGACUACUGCCGCGUUUGCUUCAAGCCGGAUAGCCUAGAACCUUGCUUGACAUGCCGGCUGGCUUUCCAUAAUGAGUGCAUGCCCGCCGGUUGGCUGCGGACUUCACAAGAUCAACUCUUUUGCGUCAUAUGCGUUCGACGGGGCUGGCAUACAGAUCCUCCUGCGCUGACGCCGCCCGUUUCACCAAGAAUAGCAGAAGCUUCUGACGGUCUUGCUGCAGCUACUUCGGCGACAGCGCUCAAUGCGAGUGCUCGGCCAAGCCCGCACCUUGAUACUAUACUACCGGACAGGCAAUCAGAGAAUUCUUCAAUACACGGACAAAGAUCUUCUGACCAACAGGCCCUACAAGCUCUUGCUCCAAGCCCAGGAAUCCCGCUUGAACAUAACAGUACGAACGAAAACGAUACCACUCCUUUGGAAUCCUCUCAAACGUCGGCCCGACGUCCUCGCAAGUCUCGAUAUAUGAGUCUCCCCAGCGACGUCGACGCAUCACUGAACGUCCUGUAUCGAGAACUAGAGUCCAACUCAACGCUGAGAUUGGAGAUCGAAGAGCUCCGUCGGGAGAAUGCUCGACACCUCCAAACCAUCAAGAUUCGCGACCUCAGUCUGAUGGCCCUGCGCCGGGAUUUGGAAAGUUCCCGUUGCUUGGAUCAAGAGUACGAAAAGCUACGAGAAAAUGCGGUCCAGCUCGAGAAUGCAAAAAAGGAGCUUGAAGAGCUUCGAGCAAGGAAUGGUGCUCUCGAGGCGGAGCUGCAGAUCGCAAGAGAAGCGGGUGCGGAAGCCAGAGCCCUUGUGGAUGAUUGGAAGGGGAAGCUAUCGCAGCUGCUCAACAAUUGA